AUGUCUGACAUAUCCAAAAGGGCAUUUGCUGAGCUUACCGUUGAUGGCAGCAACUACUUGACUUGGGCCUUGGAUGUUGAAAUCUACCUAGAUUCUUGUGAUUUAAGCAGCACUAUUGAUCCAGCUUCUCAGAGCACCUCUGCCCAGAAGGCAAAGGCAUUGAUUUUUCUUCGUCAUCAUCUCAACAAAGACCUGAAAAAUGAGUACCUUACUGAAAAAGAUCCUGCUAUUCUCUGGCAAUCCCUGAAGGAUUGCUUUGACCAACAGACGACUAUUAUGCUUCCGCAAGCACAGUAUGAUUGGUUGAACUUGCGAUUUCAGGAUUUUAAAUCCCUGAAGCUCUGUAAGCAGAACAUUACAGAGGAUGAAUUGAUUGAAAAGACCCUCUCUACAUUCCAUGCAAGUAAUCUUGUACUCCAGCAGCAGUACAGGACCAAAAACUAUUCAAAACACUCUGAAUUGAUCUCUGCGUUACUAGUUGCAGAGAAACACAACCAACUUCUGAUACGCAACCAUAAUUCUAGACCAGUUAGUUCGCAAGCUGUGCCUGAAGCACAUGCUACAAAUCAGAGUAAUACUCAUGGGCGUGGACAUGGUAGAGGUCGUGGACGUGGUCGAGGGUCUUAUCGUGGUGGUAGAGGUCGUGGUCGUCGCAAUGCUUAUGGUCUUCAGGACCGUGGCAAGGGUCAAAACAAGGAUAGAUCUCCUUCAAACAAGCCUAACUCUCAUCAACAGGUUGCUAAUAAUAAGCAAGCUUGCUAUCGGUGUGGAUGUGAGGACCACUGGUCUCGUAUAUGUCGUACACCGAAACAUUUGGUUGAGGCCUAUCAGAGAAUGAUGAAGGACUCAAAGGGGAAGUCAAAACAAGGUAAAAAACAUCAUGCCAGUUUGCCUGAAGCAAAUAUGGCCCUAAAAGAUGACAAUUAUGAUGAUAACCUGAAUCUAGACGAUGAUGACUUAUUGAAGAUGGAGCUUGAUGAUUUUGGUGACCAGGAGUGA